ACUAUAUUCGUCAAAAUGACAUUUUCCGUUUUUUUAGCAGUACUCCUGUACUUGGCACCAACACUUUCAAGAGAAAUAUCUAAUGAAGAAAAGGAGAACGGUCGUAUGAAAUUUUUCGUUACCCACUAUGAAGAAUGUAAACAUCUAAUAUCUGAAGAGAACUACGAGAUGUUACUAGAUGGAAUAUAUAUCAGAAAUGACGAAACCCGAUAUUAUAUUGUCUGUGUUUUCAAAGCUUGGGAAUGGAUGGUAAAUUCGGAGAUAAAUGCUGAAAAAAUAAUAAGAGAUAUACAGGAGAUUCUUGAGAGAAAAUUUACCCUUCAUGAAUCAGCUGCAUUAACGAUGAUUUGUAAUUUAUGUAAAAGAGAAGCUGAAUUACAAGAAACUGAUGUACCAAGGGUGGGUCGUUUCCUUGAUUGUGCGGUUGAUCGAAUCCAAAAUGAUAUGUAGAAGGGUCCAAUGAACUUCAGAACGAGG